AUGUGGAGCAGGUCACUGGUGGCAUUACUGGUGGUGGGGACGUUGUUUGGGGGCGCGGCGGCCUUCCUCGCUACGUCCCUUAACGUGUCUGAUCCUGAUGUGGCUAAUAUUCUGUGCGCAAACCAGGAGGGCAUCAGACGUAACAUUCGUGAGUUCUUCCUGGCCUUCCCUCCGGCAUCCAACCCGGGUCUCUACCUGCCCGAGGAUGCCACGCUCAGCCAGCUUUUCCACUUCUACUACGGCAGCACCGCCUCUCCGACGCGCUUCAUCAAGGCCGUCAACUCUAUCGCCACGUCUAAUAUCAACACAGACUCCUCGUACAAACUCAGGUAUAACCCAGAGCUGCACAGCGACGCCGAGAGGCUGAACAACACGCACAACAAGCUGUCGGAACGCUUCCCGCAGAUCCUCUCCUCCAUCCUCAUCCAGGAAUCCUACUCCGGCGCCCGCUCUCUCCUCGGCACCUCACUGCACUCCAUCCAGGACUUCUACUCUCACUCCACCUGGAUCGAAAAGGGGAACAUAGCCAUCCUCAGUGGCCUGGGCUUGCCUGGGCACAGCCUUGGCACUCUGGCAGGCCCCAGUGAGGAUGUGUGUACGCCCUGUCCUAGCCCGCAGGGUUCAUGUUCAGGCAACGUAAAGGUCAGCGCGGGUCUCUCCAGCGGCUAUUACACCUACGACACUGAUAUAGGCAAAGACGAACUCGUGCCGAAGCCUACCACAGCACUAGGCGGCAUCAACAAGGACACUCCCUACUCCUGCUUCUCGCCCCACCACGACCUCCACAAGCAGGCCGCGGAGCUCGCCGUGCUGGCCACCAAGCACUACCUCGACCAGGUCCUCAACGCCGUGGGUUUCGACAAGUACCGUCGCCUCUUUGACUUGUAUCUCGGGUCUGCACUCUCUAUCGUCGUUGACACUACCGGCUCAAUGGGUGACGAUAUCAGUGCGGUGAUAUCGCAGGUGGAGGAAAUCGUGAACAACUCCAGCCCAGAGAAGUACAUCCUCUCACAAUUCAAUGACCCCGACUGCGGGCCGGUGUUCGAGACCACGGAUGGCGCCGAGUUUCUCAUGGCUGUGAGGAAUCUGACUGCGUUUGGUGGCGGAGAUUAUCCUGAGCUGUUUUGGUGUGGUCUGCAGACGCCGGACUACGGGGACGUGUUCUGUUUCACGGACGCUGUGGGCAAGGACGGGGAGAAGAUGCCCGGCAUCGUCAGCCAGGCACAGCGGCAGAACAACAAGGUGACGAUAAUUCUAAGCGACAUCAUUGAAGACAAGAAGCGAAAACCGAAGAAGCAAAAGAAGAGCAAAAGCGUCGGGAAAAAGAAGCGACCCCGGACGGAGAAGGAUCUGAUCACGACAAUUGAUGACUUCCGCAGACUGACGGACGCCACGGGAGGCCUGCUCAUCAGCGCCUCCAAGUUUGAUGUCAGCGAUAUUGUGGGCAUCAUGGGCAGCGGCGUGGAGACUUCUACGCGACUACAGUUCUUCAGUCCACCUUGCCCUUACGCUGUCUUGUAA